CCACCUCAUCCCACCAUGCUUCCUCCGGGUCCUAUAAAAGCAUCUCACACUGGCCCAUUCACUUCACAACUCAUGCUGUCUAACACUUUCUUUCACCCACACUCUCUCACCAUGGAACAUCGCAAGCCAUUGUUACCCACCUCAUCGCAUGAAGCUCCCAAUCCACGCUCCCGCAAGGACCUCCUUGUAGUUCUUUUUGGUUUGCUUUUGCUCUCUUCCCUUGUUGCCUUUGGGGGCUACAGAGUCUCCAAUGUGUCUCAUGAUCACCAACGUAGUAAUACUAACAGUCCCAGUCCCACAUCGGUGCCUUCUUCCAAAUGGUACCCGGUUUCGCGGGGUGUUUCUUCGGGGGUGUCGGAGAAGUCGUCCAACAAGUUGUUUGCUGUUAAAGAAGGAGCUUCUGAAGCCUUUCCUUGGGAUAACAGCAUGCUUUCGUGGCAGAGAACUGCUUUUCAUUUUCAACCAGAGGAGAACUGGAUGAAUGAUCCUAAUGGUCCUAUGUACUACAAGGGAUGGUAUCACUUUUUCUACCAAUACAAUCCGAAUGGUGCAGUUUGGGGUGACAUAGUUUGGGGACACGCGGUGUCAAGGGACAUGAUCCAUUGGCUCCACCUUCCAUUGGCAAUGGUGGCUGAUCAAUGGUAUGACAGGCAAGGAGUGUGGACAGGCUCUGCCACCAUCUUACCCGAUGGUAAAAUCAUCAUGCUAUACACAGGUUCCACCAACGAGUCUGUGCAAGUGCAAAACCUUGCAUACCCUGCAGACCCCUCUGACCCUCUUCUUGUGGAUUGGAUCAAACACCCUGGGAACCCCGUUUUGGUCCCUCCACCAGGCAUUGGUGCCAAGGACUUCCGUGACCCUACUACUGCAUGGCUCACAUCUGAAGGAAAGUGGCGCAUCACCAUAGGCUCCAAGCUCAACAAAACUGGCAUUGCCUUGGUUUAUGACACUGAGGACUUCAAGACCUAUGAGCUCAAGGAGGGGUUGCUUCGUGCUGUUCCUAAAACUGGCAUGUGGGAGUGUGUGGACUUCUUCCCUGUGUCUAAGAAGGCUGCAAAUGGCUUAGAUACCUCCUUUAAUGGGGCUGAGGUGAAGCAUGUGAUGAAAGUGAGUUUGGAUGAUGAUAGACAUGAUUACUAUUCAAUAGGGACUUAUGAUGAGAAGAAGGUUUUUUUCACACCAGAUGAUUCUAAGAAUGAUGUUGGUGUUGGAUUGAGGUAUGACUACGGUAUAUUCUAUGCAUCCAAGACGUUUUAUGAUCAGAGUAAGGAAAGGAGAGUUUUGUGGGGUUGGAUUGGAGAAUCUGACAGUGAAUAUGCUGAUGUGGCCAAAGGUUGGGCAUCUGUUCAGAGUAUUCCAAGAACGGUGCAGCUUGAUACAAAGACUGGCAGCAACUUACUUCAGUGGCCUGUUGCAGAGGUGGAGAGUUUGAGAUUGAGAAAUGAUGAGUUCAAAAAUUUGAAGGCUAAACCAGGGUCAGUGGUGUCACUGGAUAUUGAAACAGCCACACAGUUGGACAUUGUUGCUGAGUUUGAGAUAGACAAGGAAUCCCUAGAGAAAACAACUGAAUCCAACGAGAAGUACACGUGUAGCACUAGUGGUGGAUCUAAACAACGUGGUGCCUUAGGACCUUUUGGUCUUUUGGUUUUGGCAGAUGACGGGCUUUCUGAGUAUACUCCUGUGUAUUUUUAUGUCACUAAAGGAAGCAACGGAACUCUUAAGACCUCCUUUUGCUCAGAUCAAUCAAGAUCUUCUGUGGCAAAUGAUGUUCAUAAGCAAAUCUAUGGGAGCAUUGUUCCAGUACUUAAAGGCGAAAAGUUUUCCUUAAGAAUACUGGUGGACCACUCUAUUGUUGAAAGCUUUGCUCAAGGUGGAAGGACAUGUGUGACAUCUCGGGUUUAUCCAACAAAGGCAAUCUAUGGAGCUGCUAGAUUGUUCUUUUUCAACAAUGCUACUGAGGCAACUGUGACAGCUUCAUUCACAGUUUGGCAAAUGAAUUCUGCAUUUAUACGCCCAUUCCACCCUGAUCAGAAGAGUUAAAAUUUACAUUGAAGAUAAAAUACUCAGUCACGAAGCAUUGAAAAACACGUUGGGUUGGCAAUUUGUACUUAUCAACUGCAAUGACCUCCCCAUGAAAACGUACAAAGUUUUGGGUUAUUGCUCACGGCCCAUUCUUUCAUUUUUGCCAAUCAUGUUUAUGAGAAUGUUUAUUGAAAUUUGAUCGUAUAAUGUAAAAUGGUGCUUGCGCGAGAACCUGUUCAUCAAAGAAAUAUGAUGUUAAUGUUCUCCAAUUCUCUAGUAAAAAUCUUUUAUGUUAA